AUGUCCGAAUUUUCAGAGUACAUACUCUGUGAACGGCUAACCUUUUGGAUAUGGAAAAUUUACGGUUUCUGGGCUACCGAAGAUGAAAGUCAAUACUAUCGUGCCUAUCGAUGGUUGUAUCAUUUUUUCUUCACGGUUAUCUACAUAUUUGCAAUGUUCGUCAGCUUUUUUGUCGCUGAGAAUGCUGAGGAGCUCUGGUCGGAGGUGAUGUUCAUGCUGCUGACCGAUACUGCUAUGUUCGUGAAAUACAUAUUUAUCGUGAGUAAUUUCGAAACGUUAAUCAAAUUACACGAGCAAACAAUUUCGGAAGACUUCCGCCCUCAAACUGACAGACAGGCGGAAACGUACCGUCGUCAGUUUACCCUCUUCAGCAACACGAUGGUGGCGUACUAUAUCUGCAGUCUGGUUUCGGUUUGGACUCAUUUGGAACUUCUCUUCGAUGGCCGAUUCAAACUUCCAUUCUCCAAUUGGUUCUACUGGGUACCGAUGGGAGAGGAUACUUUGACCUACUAUCAUCUCGUGUUUGCCUACGAAAUGUUUGGAAUGACUGGACAUUGCGUACUGAACGUCGCAGCAGAUUCUCAAAUUGCAUAUUUAAUUUUUACGGCAGGAUUUCAACUGGACAAUCUCUGUGACAAAUUAGUUAACUUGAGUGUUCCGGAUUCUGCUACUUACGUCGAGAAAGCAAAAUAUCAACGUGCGUUCAUUGACGCUAUCGAGAAUUUUGCUCACAAAGUAGAGGAAAUCUUUUCGCUGGCAGUUUUCCUGCAAAUUUGCGCCAGUGGUAUAACGAUUUGUGCAGUCAUGUUUCGGUUAUCUGAGAUCAAUCUAGUGAAGGAUCUGGGAUCUGCAAUACCAAUGAUGUUCUACCUUAUGGCCAUGUUGGGUCAAAUUUUGCUACCUUGCCUGGUCGGUAACGAAGUCACCUACAAAAGCAACCAGCUGACCAACGCUCUGUUUAAAUCUGAUUGGCUUAAGCUUCCGGUUGCGUACAGAAAAGAUAUGCAGCGGUUUAUGUUACGGACCAACAAGCCGAUAACAUUGAAAGCAGGAAAUUUCUUCAAUUACAAUCUUGAAACGUUCACAUCUACGUUGAAUACUGCUUAUACUAUUUAUGCUGUGCUGAAACAUAGAGAGAAAGGAACUUAG